CUUGCUUCAUGAGAAGACGUGGUGAUGGCGGACGAGCUAUAGGAGCACAGGCGGUAACACUUUCCCUUGUGAUUUCUUAGCUACCGAGUGGCUUGUGAUAGACGUAAGUUUAGGGCAGUGACUGAACCAUCGUUGAUUAAUGAAGGAGCUGCCACCUGUCCACCUGCACCAAUGGCUGCAUCAUCCUGGGACAAGAUUGCAUUGUGAAAUCAACAACUAUUGACACUAAUGGUAACACCUGGGAACUUAUGCAAGUGAUAACCUGGAGGAGGAGGAGGAGGAAGCUGCUGCACACAGUCUGUAACAAAGGAGAAAGAAGAGUUGCCACGACGAGUUCCUGCGAUGGAAGUGGACGUCGACAUGCGGGACUCCAUCUCUCCGGGCAAGCGUGGGCAGCCUGACACACCCCUGAUGACAGCCCGGAAAGGUCCCGCUGCUGCACUGCCCAAGAUCAUCCCCAAGCCCCGGACGAGUACGUUAAGGCCUCGUUCCUGCUCCGAGGUACGGAAGGCGGGGCGUCUUUUCGCCAACCCGGCCAAGGUCUCUUGUGUCCUCCACGACUCCGCCUUCGGGAAAUACAUCCUCGAGGGGGAGACUCUAUCCCUAGGGAAUGGCUCGUCCCUGAUAGUGGCGGUGUGGGCCCACACCCUCCCCAAGGUUCCCAUGCUACAGUCGCCCUCCUUCACCCUAGGAUACAUCAUCCGCAAAGAUCGUGGUCAAGGACGUGGAGGAGGUGUCCUUCUCGCCAUCCAUGAUUCUCGUCUCAUCGCCUCUCCCUAUCCCUCAGUCUCAAGAUGGGCGUCUGGAGGUUGUUGCGGCCAAGGUUGGACUUGAUGGUGGUUGGCUCACGGUGGCAGUCUACUACAAUC